CUCUCUUUUCUUCCCGUUACCCCAUCUUCAUCUUCUUCUCCUCACCGAUCACCUCUAGCUUGCUACUUCUCUAUCGUUGUUCAUCAUCGCGCCCCAAGCCUUGUCACUCUCCCUUCGGCCCCUCUCUCUCUCUCUCACACACACACAGCUUCUUCUCUCUCGGCUUCGGUGGUCUCCCUCUCAUCUCCGAUCUCUUUCUCUGUCAUGGCUACGGUGGCUUUUGCUUGUCUCUAAGUCUCAGAUAGUCUCACUCUCCUCUUGCUCAACCCCUGAAAACCACAAGCAAUCCGACACAACCAUCUCUCAUUCUCACUCUCAGCAAGCAACACACCCAGUCGAAGGUAGCUGCUCGUCCCAGUCGGAGGUCCGUGUCAGAGACACUCUUCUCUUCUUCCUCCUGCUUUUCUAAUCUGUUGCACAGUUUGCAAGGAUUCACAGUUAGCUCAAAUUUUACUUCUCGUUGAUGCAAUUGUAUUGGAGUUAGUAUUAGAGUGCAACUGCUCUAAUUCAGCGGACCUAGUCGACUCACCGCCCCUCCCAACUGCCUAAUCGACAACUCUGGAUCUCUCUCUCCUCUCCUCUUGUGUUCUUGCCAUUAGCCAUUCGGAUACUUCUAAAAGGUUACUAGCUCACAAUUUUGAUAUCCAUGGCGGCAACCACAAUUGCCUGGCGUUUCUCUUCAGCCCUUCACUGUCCUUCAUUUUCUACUACUGACUCUCACAGACCCAUUCAUUCGAAUCUCUGUUCUAACACCUACAAACCCUUUUCCUCUUCCAACAUAUACCCCUCAAUCACUCUCUCCAGGUCAAGUUCCAAAACUUCAGCACCAAAGCAUGCAUACAAGUCUUUGGUGAUUUCAGGGCUGGUACAUGGAAACUCUGAAACGCACCCAGAAUCUGAAUCAAGCGUUUCAAACUCGGAUGCAACUAUUGACAUAAAGUUGCCAAGAAGAAGUUUGCUUUUGCAAUUUACUUGCGAUAUAUGUGGUGAAAGAACACAGAAGCUUGUAAACCGACUAGCCUAUGAACGAGGACUUAUAUACGUACAGUGUGCAGGCUGCCGUCAGUAUCACAAGUUAGUCGAUAAUCUUGGCCUUGUGGUUGAGUAUGACUUACGAGAGGAAAUUAUUGCAGACAUGAACAAAGAUGAAGUUUGAACCAUGACAUUAUUUUCUGAUUUUGUUUUGCUAAGUUGGAUGGUGAUUGUAAUUCAAAACUCAUCUCCAUAAAUAUAUUAACCAAGAAAGAAUUGAAAUAAUAUAAACACAAAUAAAAACUGAAAGAAAGAACAUCGCUGUUGAAUUAAAGAGCGUGUUAUUUAAAGGAACUCAAAUUCAAUCAACUACAACGUCAGAAAAACCAACUGACAAAAGUAUAAAGUUCUUAUAUUUCAGAGAUUGA